AUGACGGUUCCUUAUGUGCUACUGGUAACAGAAAACGUCAGCAAUGCAAGUAUCACUGAGCUGACAUCACAAGGGAUUGAAGUUCGUCACACAGAACUACUGACGGUACCUCAAGCUAGGAGGGCUGCCAAAUAUCACCUUGACAUUAUACUGACACCACUUUUCUCAUGCGGAUCUUUUUGUGCAACAUUCCGUCAUUCAGACAAAUUCAACGCCGGUGUCUUAGUGCUAAAGCCUAAUCUU